AUGAAUCCUGGACUUUUCCUCGCCUGGUUUCUACCGGCAGCAGCAGCAGCUCCCUUCUCCCCUGCUAAAACUGACGGGCCAAAGACGGUAUGGCUUUGUGGCGAUAGCACCAUGGCCCCGGGCGGAGGCCAUAAUGGAACCGAGGGAUGGGGGCAGUAUUUGCAGUAUUCCCUCGACUCAUCAAGAAUCAGGGUCAACAAUUCGGCCUAUUCCGGGAGAUCUGCCCGAACCUUCAGCCGUGAGGGACGAUUUCAAGCCAUCUUCUCCAAGGUUCAGGCUGGUGAUUGGGUUGUGAUCGAGUUUGGACACAACGAUGGUCCUGCUGAUCCUGCCAAUGACGCGAAAAACAGGGUGGACUGUUUGGGCUUGGGUGCCGAGACUUGCCCUGUCACGUACAAUAAUCAGACCGAAAUCGUUCAGACUUACACAACAUACCUCCAGAACGCCAGUUCCACCUUCCUCGACUUAGGCGCCAAAGUCAUCAUCAUCGCCAACACCAACAAACACAUAUGA